AUGUCCAAAAACGAUAAAGAUAAAUCAAAUACAGAAUCUACAGAAAAUGAUAAUGAUAUUCCAAAACCUCAAUCGACAAAAUUGGCACAAGACAAUGAAAAACAAGAUCAAAAUAAUGAAAAUGAACGUAGUCUUGAAGAGAUUGAAAAAGAAUUAGAUAAACUUCGUCCACAACCACCAUCACCUAAAACAAAACGUCGAAUUGAAAAAGAAGAAAGUAAAAAAGAUCAUGAACUCGAACUAGAGAAACAAAAGAAAGAAUCUUCACCAUCAACUGAAACAACGAACAACGAUGAAAAUGAAAAUGAAACUCAACAUAAAGACAAUGAAUUAACACCUGGUGAACCUGAUCCAACUGUUGAUGAUAAUGUUAAAAUUCCAGUAAUGAAUGAAAGUGGUGAUAUUGAAUUAAAACCACAACAAGGCAGUAAAUUAAUCAAACAACAAGAAUAA